AUGGCAUUCAUAGUUUUACCUGGUAUACUUAUAGCUGAAAAAGUGGCAGAAAAGGUUGUUAUUGCAACUACAGUAGCUGCAGUAGCUGUCGUUACUAAGGUAGCGGUUGAAGUGGUUGGUGCUAUAGCCGUUAAUAUCUAUAAUGCCUCUAACUCCUCUGGCGACUCUAACUCCUCUGACGACUCCAACAAAAGAAAUGAAGAAUCAAUAGGAGAUGGAAAACCAACGGAAGAAGAUGGAUUUGUACCGAAAAGGAAUUGGGAUGGCACAAAAACAGUUGCUAAGAAUGGUAAACGUGGAUAUGAAGAUAAGAAAGGAGAUAUUUGGGUCCCUGUGAAGAAAAGUAAUCAUGAGGGAGCCCAUCGCGGAGAACAUUGGGACGUACAACAUAGGGAUGGUACAUAUCAUAAUACCCUCAAAGGUCAAAUAUCACCAGGUAAUCGAAGUAGCCGAAGAACUUCUGUUGAUAGUCGAAGAAGUCAUAGACGGUCAGCAUCUCCAUUGUUACCCCGUGAUGCAAUAAACACUAAUACAAACAAUCCUGGUAUAGAAAAUCCUGAGCAGAAUACUGAUCAUGCUGGCUUUGUUGAAACAUCAUCUCUUCAACCGCCACCACCUUACUCACAGAGUGAGGAUGUUGUCACAUCUGGGGUCACAGAUGAAGCACAAAAUAAUAAUAUUUAUUCAAAAGUAAAUCAGGGUAAUGUUGUUUCUAACCAUGAAGAUGUCUCUGGUAAUAUGCCCUUAUCUCAAAACAACAGUGAUGUUAGUAUGUACGAUGUAGAUAGUCAAUCACUGGAAUAA